UUAUGAGCUCCCUCUUUGUUAAAUGUUUAUAAUGUAAUCAAAGACCAGCAACAAUAAAAUGUCAAUAGUGUAAAAUUGGCUAAGUUGUCAGAUUAUGUUACAGCUGUGAUUCACAGGUGCAUAAUAGAUAAGGACCUAUUGGUCAGCAACAUAAGACAGAAAUCAUUCCUUAUUAAGGUAAUAAUGCAAAUUUAAUAUAUCGUAGAAAUGUAUUAAAAAGCUCCUCAAUCAGCAGGUUAAACAAACUAAGGAAAUAAAUUUGAAAAUACUCAAAUUGCUCAAAAAAAAUAAUAACCUUAACAGUCAUAAUAACCUUAACAGUCAUAAUAAUCAUAACAGUCAUAAUAAUCUUAGGGAUAAUUUAAAUUUGCAGCCACAACUAAAUAAGAACCAUCUUAAUUUACUUAGAAGCCUAUUACAAAUGUGGGAAAACCACUUCAAUAACCAGCUACAAGAGAAAUUAAUUUCUCUGGCACUAGAUCAAACAAUAAGCCAAGAUAUGAUUAAAAAGAGGAAGAGCAAUACAAUAGUUCAUAAAAAAAUUCUGUAAUUAAUGUAUCAUUAUGUAAUAUAGGAUUAAAAAAAUUCCUUAAAUAACUAAUUGAAGGAGGAGUAAGAUACAUGCUAAUAACUUAAAAAAGAACUAAAAUAAGCUUAGGAUUAAUUAAAUUCCAUAAAUAAAGAAGUUGAAAAGAAAAUGUAAAUAGUAUUGAUUUAAUUUUUUAGCAAGGCAUCUUAAUAGGAACUUGAGAAAAAACUUAAUGAUUUAAAAAAGGAAGGAGCCGAAGAAAAGAAGAAAACUUAAUAAUUGACUGAAGAUGUUAAAAAGUUGAAAGAAUAAUUAAAGAAUGCUGAAUCUUAAACUUAAAAGAAAUUGGAUCAACAAAAAAAAUAAUAUGAAAAAUAAAUGCAAGAAAUGGAAUAAACUAUAAAUGAGAAGCAAUAAUAAAUUGAUGAAAUUGCUUAAGAAUUUUAGAAUUAUAAUCUAGAAGAUAUAUAAGCUAAAAUGGAAGAAAUGGCAAAUGAUAUCAAUAUGAAAGAUUAAAUUAUUGAAUAAUUACAAACACAAUUAUAAAAAGGAGAAGGCAAUUAAAAUGGAGAUGGAUAAGAAGGUGAUAAAGAAGAAAUCAUAGCUUAAAUAGAGUAAAAGGAUUAAGAAAUCAAGAAACUAGAAGAGUUAAUAGAGAAUUUUAAAUAAUUAUAUUAACAUAUGCUAGAUGAAAAAUAAGUCAUUAUGGAAGAAAAUGAAAAAUUAGCAAAUGAGAAUAAUCAAUUCAGAGAAAUAUUUAGUGUAUUAUUAAUAAUAAGUUAUAUAGUAAAACUUACACUUAUUUGGAAUUGAUCCUAAUUAAUUAGAAGAAGAAGGGGAAGGAGAAGGUGAAGACGGAGAAGGGUAUUAACAAGAGGAAGGUAUAUAUUAGACUCUAUUAGGUGAGAUAAUUGAAGAAGAUGAGACCAAUGAUACGUCUUGA